CAUAACUUUGGGCCUCUAUACUGCCCGUUAGCGGUUUCGCCUCCCCGAAAUGCUUCUUCCUGUGGGCAACCACGGCGGCGACGGCGACUGCGGCGCCGUUCAGCUCGCCGCCGAGAUCGAGGAGCUCUCCUUGGGUUCCACGGGCGGUCUAGGGGACCGUCUCAGCGCGCUCCCCGACGAUAUCCUCCAUUCCAUCCUCCUGCGCCUCCCUUCCACCCCCGCCGCCGCCCGGACCUGCGUCCUCUCACGCCGCUGGCGCGGCAUCUGGGCCCAGCUCCCGGAGAUCCGAUUCCCCUUCCCUUCCAACCCGGCCGCCGUCGGCCCCGCGCUCGCCGCCAGCGCCGCUGGCCCGGCCCUCCGCCUCCUCCACGUUGCGUGCCGCGACGACACCGGCGCGAACGCUUGGCUCCGCACCGCCGCGAGCCGGCUCAUCGCAGGCGGAGAGCUUUACUUCUACAAAAGGACGCCGGGGGAGGAGAAGGGGCAGGCGGAGGCGCUGUCCUGGCAGUGCCGCAACUUCGAGCUGCCCUGCUUCGAGACGGCUGCCAAGGUAUGGCUCCGCCUAGGGUUCGUCGACCUGGAGCUCCCGCCGACCGGCGUGUUCGCCAGGCUCACUGAGCUGCGCUUGGAACACGUGAAUUUGGAGCGUGGUUUCCAGCUCGGCGACAUGGUCUCUUCGCCACGGUGCCCGGCGCUGCGGGAGCUCUGCAUCGCGAGGGCCUGGGGAGUGGUCAGCCUCUGCAUCAUCUCGCAGACACUUGAGCGUCUUGAAUUGGAUAUUCUGCAUGGACUUGAGGAGCUCACUGUUGUUGCGCCAAUGCUCAGAGCGUUGAAUGUGCACGCUUGCUUUGCUUGGAGGAAGCCAGUUGCUGCCAUUUAUGCAUCCAGGCUGGAGGUUCUCUGGUGGAGUGAUGCAUUUGAUCCGAGCUUCGUGCUGUUCGGCGAGGUGGAGAAUCUCCAGCAGCUGACCACCUUCGACAUUCAUGUUUAUGGGCGCUUUGAUUACGCACUCCUUCAGGAUUACGUGAUGCUCUUACAGCACUUUCCAACUGUCUCCUGCCUUGACCUCAAACUGAACUAUCAACGUGAUUUAAGUCAGUAUGAAUACUUGAUGGGUAUCAUAACCAAGCUUCCCAACAUUAAGAUUUUGUCUCUGUGGUUACACACAAAAGGACAUGCAAUUGGGCCUUCUGUGUUCCAUCUGCUGAGCAAAUGCCCUGGUAUUAGAGAGCUGAAGCUGACAUUACUUGAUAACUUACAGGUGGAUACACCAUGCACAUCGGUUUGUGCUUGUGGUCAGCAACAGAACUGGAGUACAUCUUACACCUUGGAUGUCCUUGACGAAGUGGAAAUCCGUAACUUCAGAGGAUUGGAACAUGAUUUUGCCUUCGUGGAUAUGCUGUUUGGUGUGUCCACGGCAAUAAAGAAGAUGACGAUAACACUCCAUCAUCUGGCCAGUCCAAGUGAGGAGCUCUGCAGCUUGGGCAACCUGGGGACCUGUUUCGAAAUAAAUUAUAAUACGAGCGAGGUGUCGUAUGCACCGCCCGACAGCCUGUUCCCAAAGACUCCGGAUGACUGUUGCGAAUAGUAAUUGUGCAGCGAAAUUGCUCCACACACGACAGAGUGUGGCCGAUCUAUGCACGACCAAACAAUCGAGCGGACAUUGCACGGCUGUGGACAAGAUUCCCUGGCUGGAUUUUAUCGCCGUGCGCUGGUCGUCCAAGUUUUGUCGUCCGCCUAGCACUGCUCAUUGUGCAGUUUAGUCUCGGGCCCUGAUGCCCUUGAUGCGGUAUCUUGAUGUGGAUUAGUUGCAUACCUUGAAAAUAUUUUUCCUUCUGAAAGAAGAUCCUUGCAUUGUCACCAUCCCUUGUUGCAAACUAUAGAGGAACUGGAUAUUUGUGCCAACUUGCUGUUGUAUCAUGUUUCAUGUCAGGACACAAGCGUGAAGAUAUGCUUCUAUAAAGCUGUGUUCCCAACUGCAAAUGUACAAGUUUCGUUAA